AUGGUACGUCGGUCAUGUCAGACAAGUUCAGCGUCGGCGGCCAUGACUGGUACAUCGUGUGCUGCCCAAACGGCGAUGUGAAAGAGUCCGAGGGCCAUAUCUCCCUCUUCCUCUGGCACGCAAGCCACGUCAAAACUGGCGACGCCACAACAACCAUCAUGCUCAGCAUACGCGACAAGUUAAUGAAGCCGUCAUGCAGUAACGUAGGGGAUUGCCACUUUGACGGUAAUGCUGGUUGGGGCUGGAAAAAAUUCAUCAAACACCAAGAUUUGAACAAGGAAGAGCUCCUAAAGGACGACUGCUUGUCCAUCCUUUGCCACCUCACCGUCGCCGAGUACGCCGAUGAGCAGAUCACCGCGUCCAUGGUGUCAACACCAGGACCAGUCCAGCAGCAGGCCACGGGCUCCCACGUCUUCAGGAUCCAAGAGUUCACGCAAGUCAGGAAGAAGGUGGCCAAUGGCGAGGAGGUCUUCUCAUGCACGUUCAGCGUCGGUGGUCACGACUGGUAUAUCUCCCUCUACCCAAACGGGGAAAGAGAGGAGGCCGACGGCUAUAUCUCCCUCUUCCUCCGGCACCACAGCCACGCCACGACUGGUCAAGCCACAGCAACAUACAAGAUGAGCAUACUCGACAAGGCCUGCAAGCCAUCUUGCACUAAAAUAAAAGAAGGUCACUGCUUCACGAGCCUAGGUUGGGGCUGGGUAAAAUUUAUGAAACUCGAAGAUCUGAACAAGGAGGAGCACCUCAAGGAUGACUGUCUAUCCGUCCUAUGCGAUGUCACCGUCGAGUACACCCAGGACCAUCAGGCCGCUGCGGUCUCGCCCAUCAUGUCAACACCAAGGCUCUUGUCCGCCCUGAGUGACACUGGCCGGCAGCAGAUCACGGCCUCCACCGUUGCCGCGAGGCAGGCCACGGGCUCCCAUGUCUUCAGAAUUGAAGGGUUCACGCGACUCAAGGAGAAGGUGAUCAAUGGCUCCCCCGUUACAUCAAAACCUUUCCACGUCGGUGGAUAUGAUUGGCUUAUCCAGUGCUACCCAAACGGCUACAAGAAGAAAUCCAAGGGUUGUAUCUCCCUCUACCUCCACCGGCAAGACAGCCACGCUCAGACCGGCGUCGUUAUGGCAUCGUACAAGAUGAGCAUACUCAACACCUGCUGGAAGCCAUUUUGCACCUGUACCUCGUUAGAAGAAGAGCACUACACGAACAAUGCUUUGGGCUGGGAAAAGUUCAUGAAACACGAAGAUCUGGACAAGGAGAAGCACCUCAAGGAUGACUGCCUGUACAUCCUCUGCGACGUCUCCGUUGACCUUGGACUGCACACCGGCGAUUAUAACGAUGAGAUUGCUGCGGCGGAGGAGACCAAGCCAGCGCCGCCUGAACUCGAAGAGGCCAUCUGGAAGAAGCAGGCAUCAGACGUCAAGACUAAGGUCAGUGCACACAGGUGGCUGAGGUUGAUCUGUUGGCCCAUUCAAGAUUAACCGCCCACUACUAUCAGUGGCGAAGCUUGUGCCGGGCGGGGGCCUAGCCCUUUAUGGAUUUGCUUCUUUUUGACUUCACAGUGUCUACAAGUGCAGCUUCUGUAGAUUUUUUUUCCUUCGAUUUGAUUAUCUGCUAGUAUAUGUUACCUGCUGCAUGUCUGAGUAUCAACUAUAUAUAAGUACAAAAACCCCCUCUUAAGUAUCUAUUAUUAAGGUGAAGUGAAGGCUAUUAGUUUCUCUCGCAGAUAUCAAAGCUUGAAAUUAUAUGAGAAACAACGGGAACGCGACUUCGUUCAUGCCCUUGUUGCGUUUAUAUGGUCAGUUGGUCAUGUAGGUUAUUGUUACUUCUCAUGAGUCAAGAGUCACACCGUAAAUAUUGCUUGAAUCAUGCAUGACCAUGG